UGGAUUGACAAUUUCGAAAAUUCAUUUUCGAUUUGUAUGCUACUUUCAAUUCACCAUUAUUAUCAACGACAAAAAUGUCAACAGAAAAUAUGGACAAAUCUGCAGAUCUGCUUAAAUCUAAAGGAAAUGAAUCCUUUUCAAAAGGUAAUUAUCAAGCAGCAAUUGUUUGUUAUAGCGAUGCAAUCGCCAAGGAUCCAUCAAAUUCUGUACUGUAUUCAAAUCGUGCUAUUUCAUACAUUAAAAUCGAAGACUAUCUUCAUGCUGAACAUGAUUGUAAUAAAGCCAUUGAAUUGGAUCCGAAAUUUGUUAAAGCUUAUUAUCGUCGUGGAAUAGCGCGUAAAAAUCUUGGCCGUUAUCAAUCAGCAUUACAAGAUUUUCGUGAAGCCAUCACAUUAUCACCGAAUAAUUCAGAUAUAAACAAAGAAAUUGAUAUUACAUCCAAGAUAUUGGAUUCAAAACAGCCGAUACGAUUGAAACCAUUGAUGAUUAAGGAUGAAAAUUUACGAUCUAAAAUGCCAUUAAUUGAUGUACCCAUUCAUAUUUACCGAUAUUCACCAUCAUCAUCAAAUGAUGAUGAUGAUGAUGAUGGUGGUGAUGAUCGACGACAACUGCUAGAAAAUCAAAUUCGUAAAUUAAUACUAGAACAAAAACCGCAAAAUUUUGUUGAAUUUGAUCGAUUUUGGCGUGAAUUGAAGACAGCAGAUUUGAAACAACAAUAUUUAUCGACAAUCGAUAUCGAUAGUUAUCGUAAAAUAUUUGAAUAUCCAUUUGAACCGGUGUUAUUAUUCGAUGUUUUACAGACACUUUCACAGCUAUCGAAUUAUUCAUUUGUAUUCGAAAUACUCGAUGAAGCCAUCACAAAAAUGCCAAGAUUUGAUCUAAGCUUUUCGUUUCUUUCGCCAAAAGAAUCUGAAAUUUUGAAAAAUUUAUUUACAAAUUUAAUGAAAAAUUUAAUGUAA